ACGUGAGGGAUAUUUCAGUGACUCCAUCGGGCAUUGUUUCUGAGAUGCAUCGAUACUUUUAAGAGGUUUUUCCGCCGGAUGAAGCGGAAUAUUUACAUCCUGAACGGAACAACAAGCGAACGCCGACUGCAACAAAAAAGCACAGGAAAACGACUGUUUUUAAUCGUCAACAGCUCGAAUAUGGCACAAUAUAUGUAUAUAGUUUCAAAUACCGAAACGAAGCUGCAAACCGAAGUUCUACCAGAAGAUGUUCGACAGGUCAUUGUGGGAGAGGAAGACGAGGAGGAGGAGCAGCUGCAGGACUGGAGCAGCAGCCUUGAUCAAGAAGAGCCGGAGCCCUCGCAAGUUCCCGAUGACCAAGAGGAGCUCUGGAACAGUCAGGUGGGGGAGUUGUCCUUUGCCUACACAAUGUCAGACUCUGAUGUGGACACGGAUAACAGCGACGACUGGGAAAGCCUCACAGAACCUCAGACCGUCUCGGUGGGCAAGAAAACCUACCCCUGCACGGAAUGCGGGAAAACAUACUCCUCUGUAUCCAGUCUGAAUUGGCACAAGAAAUCCCACGUCGGCGACAAGCCUCACACCUGCAGCGUUUGCAGUAAGACCUUUACGGAAUACCGAGCCAUGAGGAGACACAUGAUCACGCACAGCGGGACCAAACCGUACACCUGCUCCUACUGCGACAAAACCUUCUCGCGGCGGGAGCACAUGAAGUCGCACAUGGCGUCGCACACUGGACAGAAACCGUACGGCUGCUCCAUCUGCGGCAAGGGGUUCACGCAGCGCCACACCAUGGUGGAGCACAUGCGGAUACACACCGGGGAGAAACCGGUGGGCUGCAACCACUGCGGCCAACGGUUCACCUGGAGGUCUCAGCUGCAGAGACACAAGUGUCCCGGGAGGGAGAACCUCUAACUGUAAAUAACCGCCCAAAAAUAACUGCCAUGUGUCUUCUAAUCGUCGUGGUGAGAGAAAAAAAAAAAACACACACAAAAAAAAAACAAUGGAUGUGUAACAGUGCGUUCAAAACACACUUGUCCGAAUUUCUUAUUUAACUUAUUUAACCGGAAUCACUGAAACUGUUUAGCCGAUUAAUAUUAGGAUCUGGACUGUUUCAUUUUUGAGUCACUUACGAAUGCAAGGUGUUCAUAAGCCUUUUGAGCAUGGGGGGAGGGAGGGAAGGGAGGGGAGGGCGCAUCGAUUCCCCGGGUGCAGUGGAUGCUCAGCAGUAUUGACGAUGGAACGGACUCGGUGCAAUGUCGCGUUACGCUUGUGCACAUAAGUUGUAAUUGCCAAUUUGAGUUGUCAUAACUCAAGUGUCGAGGGUUUCAAAGACUCAGAGGAGCCUGGGUUGAUGUUCCAACAUGGCUACUGUACUUUUCAAUUGUAAAUAAAGUCUGUGUUUUUGCACAUUUAUUUUGGUGGUUUUCAUCUUCCAGACUCACGGCGCUGCGUGCCGCAACAAUAGUCGGCCAUGAAUAAACGUGGCUCUUCAUAUUCUCGCACUAGUGUUGC